AUGAUGUAAAAACAAUAUGAACUAGAAGAUUACUUAUUUUUAGUAAAUUUAAAUAUUUAUGAUUAAGUAUGAGAGAUCUAUAAACCUUUUAACCUAAGAAUUGUCUACAGUAUAGGAAGUUGAUUAGAAUAGUUAUCAGCAUCAUUUAGAGGAUAAAAAAUAGAUUAUUGAAUAGAGUAUAAAAGUUGAUUAUAAGAAUUUGAUUUAAAUACUAAUAUUUAUAAUGUUUCAUUAACAACCAAUUAUAGGAGAAUUAAUAAAUAAUCAUGUUGAUAUAGUCAACUAACUUAUAAAAUAAAAAGAAGAGUUAUGUUAUUAAAAUUCAAAGAAUAUGGAUGCAUUUGCUGAUUGCAUGUUAAUUAAAGAAAAGAGAUUUAAGAAAUUAUAAAUGAAAUCUGAAAUAUUCAUUAGAUUUUGUGAAUUAAAAUAUGAGAAUUGUCUAUAAGAGAAGGAUGAAUAAAGUUGUAUAAAGAGAAUAAAUAAUCUUUUUGAUGAUUUCAAUUAUCAUAUGAAAUAUGAAAAUGUGUAGAAAUUAUGA